CCGGCCCGCCCCUGCGGCCGCCCCUCGGCUGGUGGCCGCCCCUUGUCCCCGCUCCUCGCUCUCGCGCUCUCCCCUCGGCUCCCGGCCGCUCCCUCGGAGACGAGGCCGGGGUCGGCGCCUGGGGCCCAUUCGCUCCGCUUCGCACGCUCCGGGGCUAGACGGGGUCGGGGGCUGCGCCGGACGUAAGGACCCGCGGACCCACGAACCAGGCGCCCAGCAGAGGAGCCACCGCCGCCCUUGUCACCAUGGACCCUCCGUCCCUGGACACAGCCAUCCAGCAUGCCCUGGCGGGCCUCUACCCGCCUUUCGAGGCCACCGCGCCCACCGUCCUGGCUCAGGUGUUCCGGCUCCUGGACUCCGACUUCGGGGGCGAUGGACUGAGCUUCCUGCUGGACUUCCUGAUCCCUGCCAAGCGCCUGUGUGAGCAAGUGCGCGAGGCAGCCUGUGCCCCCUAUGCACACCGCCUCUUCCUGCACCAGGGCUGGCCGCUCUGCCUGCGGGAGGGGGUUGUGCUCCACCUGGCACCGCUCAGCGCCCUCUGGUUACGCCCGGGGGACUUCUACCUCCAAGUCGAGCCCCAGGAGGAGCAAUCCGCCUGCAUCACCAUCAAAUGCCUCUCCUCAGACCUCCGCAGUGUGGACAAGAAGCCCGUCCCCGUGUCGUCCUACCCUGUGCUUUUCACCCAGGAGUGGCUGGAGGCCAUCAACAGUGGCCUGGAAGGAAGUCCCCUCCAGAAUUGCCUGGUGGCUUCAGAGAGUGGGAUUGCACCUGUGUCCUGGGCCAAGAUCGCCAGCCCAGAGUUUGUGGAUGACGGGCCUUGUGCCCUGAGCGUCCUCAGCCCAGCUCGCGGGGCCCUCCGGCUGAGCAGCCCCCAAGAGCUGCACCGGGUCGGCUCCCCAAGCAGCCAGGUGCUUCUUGCCCAGGGUUUGGCCAAGGGCAAGGGCAGGACGCAUGAGAACAAGUACCCGGGACUCAUCAAGGUGGAGCAGGCCAGGCCCGGGGAGGCGGCCUUCAGGAUGGACAGCGUGGUCAGCCGGGACUUGGAGGGAGACUACGUGGCUCUCCUGGGUUUUCCCCAAGCGAGCAGAGGAGAGUCUCCGGGGAGGGAGGUGGAGCCACACAGUGCGGGUGCUUUGGGGGCGCUAGCAGAGCUCCCUGGAGCUCAGGAAACUCCUCCCUCUCAAAGACUGCUGCCACUCUCAGGGGACAGUGGGGAACCUGCCUUGGAGCAGGCUUCUGCAAAGCCAGCAAGCUUCCAGGAGGAGCCCUGCUCUGGGGGCUUGAAGCGAAAGGUUGGGCACGAUGCACCUGCCAGCGACUUGGAACAGCAGCCCCGAGAGCCUGACCUGGGCCGCGUCUCUGACCUCAGUGCUGGUGUCUUAGAAGAUCCAGCCAUCUCCCAGACACAGGGACUGCUGGGAAAGCCAGAGACCAGGGUCCAGCUCGGGCCCAGACCCAGACAGGCUUCAUCCCCCUGCCCGUCCCCAGCCUCUCCUGUGGCUCCAGCCGCUGCAACAAAGGCAGAGGAGACCAAAGAGGGCAGCGGGAGACCCCCCAGGCCCGUGACCUGUCCUGGCGGAAACCCCUCUCCUUCUGCGUCCCCUGCUCCUGGGCUCCAGUCCUCCUUCUCGGAAGGGCAGAGGCUGUCCCCCACGCCUCCAGCAGGGGCCUCGCUCCAGCAGGACAAGCCUCAGAAAGUCUCCUGCCCACUGCACUCCCCCAGACCCUGCCGAGCUGAAGCCCCGGGGGAAGAUGGGACAGCUCAGACCAAAACAUCUGGCCCAGCCGCUGACUCAGGCCUCCGGGCUGGGGAGCAGACUGGCUUCCCAGAAGCCUCAGCCGGCCCCCCACAGAGAGGCCCCACCGCCCUGCAGGAGGAGCCCCCAGGGCCUGCACCGGGGAUUGGGGCUCUGAGUGUCGAGAUUCUCCACUCGAGGAUAGCAUGCCUGCCAGGCGGCCGGGACAGGGCGGGCCGACCCCUGCUUCUGGUGUCCACCACCGAGGGGGCCUGGGAGGAGCCAUGGUGCACGGCCUCCGAGCUCACCCAGCUGCUUUCCUACCUGUGCACCGUCCCCAGGCCCGAAGAGAAAGCCAAGGGGCUGGUGGUUGUGCUGGACGCCAGGAAGCAGCCCCCACAGCCUGGCCUGCUCAGCGCCCUGCAGGCCACCCAGGCGCUGGCCCCGGCCUCCAUCCGAAGUGUCCUGUUCCUGGGGGAGAAGCGGGGCGCCCUGGCGCUGCAGACCGCCUGUGACGUCCAGGUGGAAGUGCUGACCUCACUGAAGGCCCUCGGCCACCACGUGGAGCCCAGCCAGCUGCCGGCAGCCCUGGAAGGCCCCUUCCCCUACUGCCACAGCGAGUGGGUGCAGUUCUUCCAGAGGCUGGACCCCUUCCUGGCCACUCUCCGUCAGGCCUCCUCCCUGCUACAGGCGUCCAUCGAGGAGUUCAAGAAGGGGGCGCCCCCUGCAGGCGUGCAGGAGGCCACCAGGUGCCUGAGCAAGUUCAAGGAUCUGAUGGAGGCUGUGCUGCGGGAUCCAGGCCUCCUGGACCUCCAGCGGGAUGGUGGAGCCACCCUAGCCAGGCUACGGCGAGAGGCCAGCAGGCUGGACUUCAACCCGGACAUCAGGAGCCACCUGGCCGAGGCCGCCACCCUGUACGGCCUCGUGGACGAGCAGCUCCACGUCCUGGUCACUGCGUCCAACCACCUCCUGGGGAGGCUGGAGCUCCGCGUCAGCCUGGGCCGCCUGGAAGCCGCCAUCCGCCAGGUCAGCGACUGGAUGGAGCGGGAGGGCAGCCGGUGCCUGCAGGCCCUGGCCCCCGAGGACGGCAGCCUGGAGGCCGUGGAGAAGGCGCACAUGGAGUUCGAAGACUUCUUCCUUCAGGCUGCAGCCCAGUACCGCCGAGGCCUUGAGCUGUCCAAGCAGGCGGCCCAGCUGGGAGCUGCAGCCGGAGGGCCUGGCGAGGCGGGCGGAGCAGAAGCCCCAGAGCUGGCGGCCUUCGCGUCCACGCAGCGCGCGUUCCAGGCUAAGCUGACCCACUUCUACAUGGCGGCCGAGCGCCAGCGCACCGACCUGGAGACGCUGCUCCACCUGCACCGCUUCUGCAGGAAGCUGGCCUGGUUCCACAUGGACUGUCGGGACCUGAUGUCGCAGCUCAGGCUGGGUAAGGCCCAACGGGCCAGCCCCGGGGACCAGCGCCGCCUCCAGCGCUACCUGCAGCGCCUGGCGUCCGAGUUCUCUGCCCAGAAGCUCACGGCCAUGGGGCUGCAGGUGGCCUCCCUGAGCCGGGUGGGGAUGGGCCAGGACUUAUGGGAGGAGGCCCGGGCAAGACACGAGGAGACCCAGGCCCUCCUGCAGAAGGCCCUGGCCCACUGUCCGAGCACAGCGGUGCCCGCCACCCACAGAGGGGUGGCAGCCAAGGACCACGGGCCGAAUGGAGAUGUCACUUCCAAGGAGAGGCGGGACCUGCCCCUGCAGGACUCACCGGCCGGGGAUCCUUCACCCAAAUCCCACUGGCCUCGUCGGGGCACCAGAGGGAGGCCAGGAAGGAACUGCGAGGCUGGCCAGGCUGGGCCCCCCGACCUCACCCCCGAGCGGUUUCUUGCCGCCCUCUUCUCCCGGCAGCGGCUCCCCAGGCACAGCCGGGCCCCCCGCGCCCCUGGAGGCAGCUUCUCUUCAGAGGGGACAGACUCACAGACGUCCCUGGAGGACUCACCCCAGACAAGCCCCCCUGCGUCCCUCUAGCCGGGGGCCCCGUCGCCUGCACCAGGCUCAGGACUGUUGAGCACUGGUUUCACCUGUGCUGGGAAGACGAGCACCUGCUCCCAGCCGCGGGGCACUCUGGGAGUGGGAGUGGGACCCAGAUGCCGUGAAGCGUGUGAUGGCUUCACAACUCUGGGGUCUCGGGGGAACACGCAUUGCCACAGACCUCAGAUCCCAGGGAUAGACUGGCCCAGCAGCCACCCGGAGUUCAGGGAGGUGCACGGCUUCCCCUCCAGGUGCCAGGGCAGCCGAACCCACUGGUGGGGAGAUUCGGGAGUGGCCUCCUGCCUCAUGGCAGCAGCUCUCAAGACAAGGAUUGGCUGUGACUUUGGCUGCGACCCCAGGAACUGAAGGGCAGGAUGGGGCAGGGCAGGGUAGGGCAGGUGAUUCUGGGAGGGGACAGAAGGUGUUAUGGAGCGAAUUCCCACAUGGGCCACUGCAGCUCAGUCCUGCUGGGGAUGUCUGGAAGGCGGGAACACGCCCCCAUUUAUCCUGCCGGGGGGUGUGGCACUUAUCCCUAACUCCCAGGGCUCAGACCUGUGGGCUGCAGGCAAAGCUCCAUGGGCCUCAGCCGAGAGAAUCCCCCUAUGGGGCUGGAGGCCGCUCCUGCCUCCUGCACACGCAAGGGGACGGGCAAGGGCAGGGCUGCUGCUCUCCCCUCCCCUCGGCUCCUGGGCCUCCAUCCUCAGAUUCACAGAACCCUACAGCGUCUCACAUCCAGAGAGAAACAUCCCAUCUAGAGAGAAACAUCCCAUCCAGGGUAUCUGUCUUCUUUAUCCCCACCGUGUCUCUGACUCUAUGUCUUCCAUCCCCCACCUCUCCUUGGGCACAGCCCCUGGUGCCCAGGGAACCUGGGGUUCUAAGGCAUGGGAGUAGCGGGAUGAGGGGAGGGAGCACCAUCGCCAUCCAGCAGGCCAGCGCUGAGGCCGAGUACAGGGUCUCAGGCAGAGGUACCCCUGCUGGCAGCUCCCAAGCACCUUUCCCAGUGUCUGCCCCGUCUCGGCCUUGGGAUUCGUGACUGUGAUGGCCUCAGGCAGCCGGGCUCGGAGUCUUUAUGGCUGCAGAAGGAGGUAGGAGCAGACAUGCUCCCAGCAGUGAGGCUGUGCAGGGGGACCAGCAGGUGUCCUGGGAGUCAUCGCAGCCAGGAGUCACACACGUUCCAGCCCCAGGGCCUCCAGGAAUCUUCUGUGACACUCAAGAUUUCUCCAGUUUGGUAGGGAUCCCAUCCCCAGAGUUAAAGUCGGACCCUUGGGGCUGGGGGAUGGAAUCUGCAUUCGGAAUACCUGCUGCGGAGCUCCCCAUGCAGCCCAGCAAGAGUGGGAGCACAGUCUGGGGAAGUUACUAACGGGGGGGGGGGGGGCACAUGCAGCAAGGGCCGCCCCGCCGUGUCAGAACAUGGCCGGAGUGGGAGGCGUCAGGCGCACAGAGAGCUCACCCUAAGGACCCGUGCCCACCUUGAUCCCUUCCUGAAGACAGAGCCCUCAUCACCUGCUCACUCCCUGGAGCCCCAGAUCUCAAUACUGUGGCACUGGAGAUGAAGUUUCCAAUACGUGAACGGGGCAGGGGACACACCAAAGCCAAAGCAGAGGUGCCCGAGCCAGCCCCGCACCGCAAGCCUGCUCUAAAUUCUGUGGUCUGCUCCCCGCCUGCCAUCCAGAAGCCCAGCCAUGCGUAAGGAAAGCCGUUUGAUCAGCCCAUCUCUAUCCAUGCCUGUCGCCUCGGAGGGGGGCCUCAGGCUCUUAAAAUGCUGUUGCCAUAGCAACAGCAUCCAGCCAGUGGGGACCACAGGCAGGGAGCCAAGGAGACUGGGGUGCAAGGAUGGAAAGUCACUGGAGAGACAGUGCUGGGGAGGAGGAGGGCUGGUGGGGGGCGGGUGAUCUGAGAACCCUUGGGAGGGGGGUCCCCAAGGUCAUCUUGUGCAUCCUUCUAUCUCCAAAAAGUGCUGCCCGUGUACUCGCAAAGGCCCUGGCGGAGAAGGGGACGCAGAAAUGCACUGUAAUCAUUACAGUAUACAAGUGCGGUUCUAAGAGCUAACAUUCCUUUUGCGUCUUCCUCAUGCCUCGCUUUGUGCUAAGAGUUACAAAGGCUUUGACUUUUUCACAACAAGCCAACGUGGAAAUCCCGCGGGACGUAGCGUGGGCUCAGCAGAUGGCGCCCAGGCUCAUUCUGCGGCGCCGGCCCUGCCAGCCCCUGCUUCCGUUGCCUGGCAUCCAGGAAGAGGUUUCCCCAGAGACCACCAGUGAACCCCCACUGCAUCCUGGGGGGCUUUGCACUCCGAUUCCGGUGACGUCCUCGCGUUGUUUUCCGAAUCCCCUCUCUUUCUCGGAGGCCAGCUUACUGCGUGGGGUCGCAGCAGGGAGGUUCCCCUGCAUGUGCAGCUCCCCACGGGGGACCGCAGAACUGUGAAACUGCAAAGGCCCUGGCCCCAGGGCUGCUCCGAGGAGGUGGCCGCCCGGCCUGAGGGGAUGACAGUGGGGCUGAGCCCCAAGUCUGCCCAUGGCCCCAUUGAACCACCCCCAUGAGGGGAACCCCUAUGGAGCAACCCUAAGGGCUGUUGGUGUGAGAGAGCCCAGCCUGGCACUCAGGGACCCUGUGUGCCCUGUGACCCCAUGCAGGUUACUUCCUCUCUUGUGCUUAGUGUACCCCAUCUGUCCAAUGGGGGCAUGGGGUGGGUAAGGAUCUUUCUCAUCGUGGGAAUCAGCCCUGUCUUUGAUUCCAUGCCUGGUGCCUCCGAGUAGAUGGCCACCCUCAGUUUUCCCCGUCUGUUCAAUGGGCUUGUCAAUCCUACUGGGUGAAGAUGAUAGGAUCUCAGGAUGUUUUCCUUUCCAGAGGAGUGGCGGUCUUGGGAAAGAGCAAAGCUUGGAAAGCCUGCUGGGCUGCGACAUGGGGCAGCAGCGGGACCGAGACCCAAGCAGAAGCGCGGGCACUUUACAGUUUACAAAGCACCUGCUUGUCUGUCGUUUCCUCCUCUGACAUUUGCUAUGACCUUGAGGGCCCCAGAAGUCGUCCUCUGGGAUGUCCCCAUUUUACAGCUGAGGAGACUGAAGCCUAGAGAGGGGAGAUGUCCAAGGUCAUGCAGCCGGGAGAGAGAUUGGGGAGGGGAAGCCUCGGGGCGGGCCCGAGUUCCGGUCAAUAUCCAGUCGCAGAGGGUGUGUGAGCCUCCAUGCGGACCCCUCUCCAGACCCAGUCUGAGACCUGACCUCCUCCUUUCUGCAGAAAUGGCUGCUGGGAUUUUGUUUUUAUUUGGGGACUGAACCAGUGGAUGGGAGAGGGGUAUCGAUCUGUCUCUCUCUAGCUCUGCCUUUCAAAUAAAUACAUCUUUAAAAAUAAAUAAAUAAAAACACAUUACAAAGCAGCUGGAGGAGCAGCAGGUGGGAGGUGUGCAGGUACAGCCUGCGGGAAGGGGUGAGGGUGGGGGGGCACAAGCUUCUGCACCCACUCCCCGAAUCUCCAGGUGUCCCGCUCUCCGGAAGCUCCCUCGGCCCAUUCUUCAAUAGAAUCAGGGAAUUUAUGACAAACGCACAGCCAGCGUCCAUUGAAUGGGGAAACGUUGGAAGUAUUUCCACUGAGAUCCAGAAUCAGACGAGGAUGCCCACUCUCACCAUUGCUAAUCAAUAUAGUCCUGGAAGUUUUAGCCAGAGCCAUCAGGCAAGAAAAAGAAAUCAAAGGGAUACAAAUUGGGAAGGAGAAGUCAAACUAUCCCUAACUGACAUGAUUGUAUAUCUAGGGGAUCCAAAAGACUCCACCAAGAGACUGUUGGAACUCAUAGAAGAGUGUAGUAAAAUUGCAGGAUAUAAAAUCAAUACAGGCUGGCACCACGGCUCACUUGGCUAAUCCUCCGCCUGCAGUGCCAGCACCCUGGGUUCUAGUCCCAGUUGGGGCGCCGGGUAAUAGUCCCAGUUGCUCCUCUUCCGGUCCAGCUCUCUGCUGUGGCCCGGGAGUGCAGUGGAGGAUGGCCCAGGUCCUUGGGCCCUGCACUUGCAUGGGAGACCAGGAGAAGCACCUGGCUCCUGGCUUCAGUUCAGCACGGUGAGCCAGCCGCAGUGUGCCAGCCGUAGCGGCCACUUUGGGGGUGAACCAAUGGAAGAAAGACCUUUCUCUCUGUCUCUCUCUCACACUGUCUAACUCUGCCUGUCCAAAAAAAAAAAAAAAAAAAUCAAUACACAAAACUCAGCAGCCUGUGUAUACACAGACAAUGCCAUGGUUGGGAAAGAACUUCAAUCCCAUUCAUAAUAGCUACAAAAAAAUUCAAAUACCCUAGAAUAAAUUUAACCAAGGAUGUCAAAGAUCUCUAUAAUGAGAACUGCAAAACAUUAAAGAAAGAAAUAGAAGAUACAAAAAAUUGGAAAAAUCUUCCAUGUUCACGGAUUGGAAGAAUCAAUAUCAUCAAAAUGUCCAUGCUUCCAAAAGCAAUUUACAGAUUUGAUGCAGUACCAAUCAAAAUACCAAGGACAUUCUUCACAGAUAUAGAAAAUAUGAUGUUGAAAUUCAUGUGGAACACAGGAGACCCAGAAUAGCUAAAGCAAGUUUAACAAAAACAAAGCCAGAGGCAUCACAAUACCAGAUUUCAAGACAUACUACAGGGCAGUUAUAAUCAAAACAGCCUGGUACUGGUACAAAAACAGGUGGAUAGACCAAUGGAACAGAAUAGAAAUGCCAGAAAUCAAUCUAUGCAUCUACAACCAACUUUUCCAUAUGAAUAUUUGACAAAGGAGCUAGAAUCAAUCUCUGGAGUAAUGGCCGUCUCUUUAACAAAUGGUGCUGGGAAAACUGGGUUUCCACAUGCAGGAGUAUGGAGCAAGACCCCUACCUCACACCUUAUACAAAAAUCCACUCAAAAUGGAUUAAAGACCUAAAUCUACAACCUAACACCAUCAAAUUAUUAGGGAAACCCUGCAAGACAUUGACAUAGCAAAGACUUCUUGGAAAAGACCCAGAGGCACAAGCAAUCAAAGCCAAAAUUCACAAAUGGGAUUAAUUCAAAUUGAGGUGCUUCUGUACUGCAAAAGAAACACUCAGGAAAGUGAAGAGGCAACCAACAGAAUGGGAGAAAUUAUUUGCAAACUAUGUAACUGACAAAGGAUUAAUAACCAGAAUAUACGAAGAGAUCGAGAAACUCCACAACAAAACAAACAACCAAGUUAAGAUAUGGGCAAAGGAUUUAGACAUUUUUCAAAAGAUGAAAUCCAAAUGGCCAACAGACACAUGAAAAAAUGUUCAGAAUCACUAGGCAUCAGGAAAAUGCAAAUCAAAACCACAGUGAGGUUUCACCUCACCCUGGUUAAAAUGGCUUUCAUACAGAAAUCAACAAACAACAAAUGCUGGCGAGGAUGUGGGAAAAAAGGUACCCCAAUCCACUGUUGGUGGGAAUGUAAACUGGUAAAGCCACUAUGGAAGACGCAUGACAAACCUCAGAAACCUGAAUAUAGACCUCCCGUAUGACCCAACCAUUCCACUCCUGGAAAUUUACCCAAUACAAAUGAAAUCAGCAUAUGAAAGUUAUCUGCUCCCCCAUGUUUAUUACAGCUCAGUUCACAAUAGCUAAUACAUGGAACCAACCCAAAUGCCCAUCAACUGAAGACUGGAUAAAGAAAUUAUGGGAUACGUACACUUUGGAAUACUACACAGCAGUAAAAAAAAUGAAAUCCAGUCAUUUACAACAAAAUGGAUGAAUCUGGAAAACAUCAUAUUUAGUGAAAUAAGCCAGUCCCAAAGGGACAAAUACCAUGUGUUCUUCCUGAUCUGUGAUAACUAAUGGAGCACCUAAAAGGCAAUCUGUAGACAUGAAAUUGACACUUUGAGAAGCAAUGACUUGAAUAGCCCUUGUCUUGACUAUUGAGGAACAUAUCUUUUUAAAAAUACUAUUUGUUGAACUCCGCUUAACGUCAAGUUAAACUAAACAUACGUGUACAAAGUCAAUUAAAAAUAGAUCUCAGUAAAAAAUAAGAGUGGGAAUAAGAGAGGGAGGAGGAGGGGUUGGGAGUAUGGGUGGGAGGGUAGGCAUGGUGGGAAGAAGCACCAUCUUCCUAAGUUGUAAGUGGGAAGUGUAGGAAGUUUGUAAUUGUAAAGCUGUAUAGUUCUGCAUACAUUCCUAUGGACUUACUUCUAAGGGUACAGUUUAAAAACUUGCCAUGGGACCCCAUAUCUCCUUAAGCUCAGUGGUAAAAAUACCAUCUUAAGUGUUAAAAUGAUCAUAUGGAUAGGGUUAAGGGUCUGAAUUAAAAAGGAGUGAAUGCUCCAACAUGGGAAGCAGUCCACAGAGCAGACUCAUAGAAUGACAAUUGCUUUAAAUAGCAUUCUGGGGGCUGGCGCUGUGGCGUAGCAGGUAAAGCCGAUGCCUAUAGUGCCGGCAUCCCAUAUGGGCACUGGUUCAUGUCCAGGCUGCUCCACUUCCCAUCCAGCUCACUGUUGUGGCCUGGGAAAGCAGUAGAAGAUGGCCCAAGUACUUGGGAGACCCACGCGGCCCACAUGGGAAACCUAAAAGAAGCUCCUAGCUCCUGGCUUUGGAUUGGCGCAGCUCCGGCCGUUGCAGCCAAUUGGGGAGUGAACCAGUGGAUGGAAGACCUCUCUGUCUCUCUGUGUAACUCCGACUUUCAAAUAAAUAAAUCUUUUAAAAAAAAAAA